UUCCUCGCGGCCUACGCGCGCGGCGCCGGGACCGUCGCGCGGCCGUCGGGCCUGCUCUACCGCGUCAAGCGCUACGGCUUCGGCGGCUCGCCGGCGCUCGACGCGGCGUGCGACGUGGCCUACGACGGCAAAUUGAGCGGCGACUGGCCGGACGGCCCGAGCUUCGACGGCACGCGCCUGAAGCGGCGGCCGUCGACGUUCGCGGCGUCGAAGGUCAUCGGGUGCUGGCGCGAGGCGAUGCCGCUCAUGACCGUCGGGUCCGUCUGGGAGCUCGCGUGCCCGCCCGACCUGGGCUACGGCCCGCGGCCCGUGCGGGACAGGAUCCCCGGCGGCUCCGUCCUCGUCUUCGAGCUCGAGCUCCUG